CAUCAAUAGAGGAGAGAAUACACAAAAGAGGAUCGUCUAAUGCUUCCAAGAAGAACAUGGCUAAUUGCUUUGCAAAAGUUACAACGCUUUCUACGCGGGACAGACGUCGAGGCGAUUGAAGAUCAAAAUUCAAGAAUAUACCAGAAAUAUUAACAAACACACGACUUAAAUCUCUAUUGUCUCAGAACGCCUCGAUCGUUCGUCUGCCAUGCGUUUAAUUGGCAUGAUGUAAUUGGCGCGAGUUGAAUUGGCCGAUUAACGGCUAAGCAUCGUUAGCGGAACAAUACAGUUCCGUCGUUUUGCAGGGAGUCACGCUAACAGAAACGCAGAUUGUUCAUUGACCAUUCGCCAUUCGGUGCGACCGUCCUAAAUUCCAACGGCUCGACACCUAUGGCUCGAGGCCCGAAGGGGAUUAAGGAGCAAGCUAGCGAGGGAAGUGGGGUAGAAACGAAACGAAUGAAACGCGCUACUACGCGAAAGACGGAGCGAGUCAUGGCCGGAGUGGCGUGCAGUGGUGGAGGAGGAGGGAGCCGAAGAAAAAGAAGUUGAGAAAGAGGUGGAAAAGGAAGAGAGAAGUCGAGGCUAUCGCUACCACGAUGCAGCCACGGCAGUGAGGCAUCGUAAAACGCCGGUGCAUAGUCGGCUGCUCGUCCGAUUCGAAUCACCGCUCUCCGCGUGUCCGGUUGGUCUCGCGUGCCUCUCCAUCGCGCAGCGAGUAGCGGCGCUAUAAACUCCUCGGGAGAGACCGCAAUAACAACAAUCGCGCGCGCCGCAGUCCAGUCGCGUCGGCGAAAGCGAAAUUCCUCGGUGGGCUAAUUACGCCGAGCGUCGUGCCGAGAUCGUUUCGCGUGGAAAGCGCCGAGCCAGUUAUUGCACGAGUGGGUAAUCGCGGCCAAUUGAGGGCAGCGUGCGUGCGAUGACUUCCGCGUACGACGAGGCGGCGACUACUCCACGCGGCGCCGUGAAGCUCGGUCCCGUCACUGGUCAAGAGCUGGACAAUCCGGAGACUCUCGCCGGCAUGGAAGAGAGAUCGUUUUCGCGCACAAGCCUCGCAACAGGUGAUUCCGCCGGCGUGGAGGCUCCGGCGGCCUCCUCCUCGGCGGAAAUCAGUCUUCCACCCGGUGAAUCGUCGUUCGAUGAGAACUCCACGAGCGUGCACGGCGAGGAUACGCCGAAAACGACAGGUGAACACGAGGAAGUCGACGGUAAGGAUGAUACUCAUGAGGCAAACCUGAAUUGCUCCACGAGCUCGUCGAACGAGACGAAUGACACUUUGGUGCGGAUGGAUAGAACUAGGAACAAGGAGUCCUCGUUUCUCGAGGAACAUGAGCAACACGGCGAAAGGGAGGAAUCAAUCUCGGUGUUGCCGGCGGUGGAGAAUGCAGCCACGUGCACCUCGAGAAAGGGGCAGGUCAAGGACCAGAUCAAGGACCACAGGAAUCAGAGCGUGCUGGAGGCGCGAGCGCAGGAGCGACACACGUGUGACGAUGACCGCGCCGAGGAAAAUUCUCGCAACUCGCAGACGGCCUCACAAGACGAGCCUCACACAUUGCGAGCUCAUUGCGAGAACGCGGAGGAGCCUCGUCCGGACGAGGCGCAGGAUGAGGUAGCGGACAGGGAGAUCGCUCAAGGUUGCCAGAACGACUGCUACAACUUCUACGACGCCGUGCGAUCGGGAAACGUCAAACGCGUCUCGGCGUUGAUCGCCAGCGGCUGCGUGCAAAACCUGGACGAACCGGAUUGGAAUGUGUCGGGAGACCCACCCCUAUUGGUAGCGGCCACGAACCAGUGCCUACCUGUGCUCAGCGCGUUACUGGCGAACGGAUGCGAUCCAGCUGCGCGUUCGCCGCGCGGCGAGACGGCGCUGCACCGAGUGAUCCAGAACGGUGGGCCGAGCAACGUGUUGAAAUUCGUGGAGGAUCUUUUGAAGCACGGCUGCCCCCCGAGCGUUAAAGAAGCCGGCAGCGGCUCGACUGCAUUGCAUGUGCUCUCCCGUCAGCUUGCUCACACGCCACUGAAAUCCCUUCACCAUAACUUCGACGUGGCCCUAACAACGCUCGAGCUGCUGGCCAAGGCAGGCCUAGUCAACAUCAAGGAUCAUCAGGGCCGAAGCCCUCUGCACAUCCUGGCCUCGUCGGCGAUAUUUGAUAACAACAACAAGAGCCACAUCGAGUCGUUAAUCGUGACGCUGUUGGACGCCGGCGCAGACACCGCCUUGAAGAAUGACCGCGGAGAGACGCCGCUGCACGAGAGCCUUGAGUGCGGCGCGUUGAACACAGCGGAGCUACUGAUACCGCACACUCCGACCGGCAUCACGUCGCGAUACGGCGAAACGCCGCUACACAUCGCGUCGCGCAAGAACUACGUCAACAUGGUGACGCAGCUGCUGGCCCACGGGGAAGACCCGGGCGCGCAGGACGCCGGCGGCAAUACCCCGUUGCACUUGGCAGCCGCUCGCGGAUUCCAUCAGACUGUGUCGCUGUUGGUCACCUCGCCGUUAGCGCAACUGGAGAAUGUCAAUAUCGACGGGCUGACCGCGCUGCAGGUCGCCACUGAGAGCAGAUUCAUCAACGCCGUGAGGAUACUGUUAAAGGCCGGCGCCGAUCCCAGCCAGAUCAUGCACUAUUGCGCGACCGUCCUGCGCCAACAUCCUGACAUUUCGCUCCUCGUGAACCACGAAUUGACCAGACGUCGACAGCUCGCCGCUUGAUUCGCCGUGGGCUACGAAUCAAUCUGCUCCCUUUUCACCAAUGUCAAUUAAGCUUUAAUCUGAACUCGAGUCCUUGUUCGGGUUUAAACUCAAGUUGAGGUUGGUUUCAUCGACGUUGAUGAAGAUUCUAAACGGUGAAGACAUUAAUUGCCGAUAUUAUUGUUAAGGAUUUACUACGUACGAUACUACGUAAUUGUCAUAUUCGUUGCUCAAUAUCGCGCGAUACGCGUGGUCGACUGUUCGAAAUUUGUGUAUCGCGUGCGUAUAAAUAAUAAUUAUAUGGAAAUCGUUGAUGCCAUGAAUUUUGGCUGUGGAUCUAAGUGCACUUGAUGUAGAAGACUGGCGACGUCCGCACGUUCGCGAUUUAAAAAAUAAAAAAUAUAUAUACAUAUAUGUAUAUAUAUAUAUAUAUAUAUAUGAGUGUGUGUGAAAGUAUAUUGUUGCGAAUAAAUUUCAAUGUCGUUAUUGCUAUCGUCGUUUCCUUUUCAUUAUUGUUGUCACCUAUAAUCCCGUUGUAAUUAUUAUCGCUAUUGACGUUUUAUGGUUACACGUUUACUUGUUAUGGAUACAACUUAUCUGGACGAGGAUGCAAUAAAACGAGACGGUGCGAAUUCUCAUAAUAUUAUUGUAUAUUUUAUAAAUCCAUGACUUGAAAUGAAGCGAAAACGGAAUAAAUGGAGAGCAUACUCUUAUGAGGCGUCUAUAUAUGUACAACUACGCCAUAAACGGAUUUUAAACUAUUCCUCUCAAACUAUCACAUGAUAUCUGGAAGGCUGUGUUUCCUUUUUAGAGAUAUGAAAUAAAUAUCAUACAACGAUACCGUACAAUGUA